AUGGUUAAGGGUAUUUCUCAUAAAGCAACUAGAUCACCCAGCCACACCCGAUCAUGAUUGUGAUAACUUGCCGAUUAUAAUUUCUACUUCCUAUUUCUACAUGGCUCAGCAACAAUAUGGGAUAGGUGGAGCACGAGUCGGAGCCACAUGCACGGUUGCGGGGAUUGUUGGAUCUGAUUUGAUGUUUUCCGAUGUCACCAAAGAUUCAAAUGCGGAUUUCGGUUCGGGAGUAAAAACUCUCCCAGGUGCUGUUGCCGCGAUGGGUGGAGAAGUCACUGUUGUUGAACUAAAAAAGGCUUGUAGCUUUUCACUUUGUAUGUUUAUCAGUAGAGAGACUGUUUAG